CAAUGCUCGCGCCCCAUAACUCGCUGCAGCCUGAGAGCGAGACAGAGACACGGUCAGGCCCCGAAUAUAGAUACAUUAUAGAACAUUUUAGAUUAUUUAGUUUUUAAAUCAAACAACAGAUCGAGGGAAGAAAGACCGUGAAAGGUGGCGUGGAGUCUCUCCCACCGUAUGUUUGUGAAUAGUCGGUGAUGGAAUGUUACGGGGGGUUCCAUGAGACAUCGACUAAUGCGGCGCUGGAAACUUUUUGCAGACAUUGACAACAGCAGCACUAUCUGAGGCCCAGACCGUAGCCCUCCUAAGCCCUACCCGGUCCUGCCUGGAGCCACGCCCUACACUGCCCUCCACCACUCCCCACAUAGAGCCUGGAAGGCAGGGAAGCCACGGCCGGGAUUUCAUGGCAACAGCACCCUAGGGCUGCCAUGGCAGCUGGUGCCGCCGAGGCUCCACGCCAUGUUACAGCACUGACGCCGGAGGACGAGGAACGACUAGCCGCUGCCGAGCUGUACAGCGACUCUACCCUGCCACGGACAGAGAGAGAGAGAGAGAGGGAAGAGCGAGCCAGCGGCAACGAGUGUUUGGUGUGUGGGACUUGGUUUGGUUCGCAGGAUAAGCUUCGGCUUCACUCUUUCUGUCACACGGGAGAGAAACCCUUCCACUGCUCCCAGCCACACUGUCCUAAGGCCUUCAGCUCCAAAUAUAAACUGUUCAGGCAUAUGGCCACACACUCUCCGCAGAAAACUCACCAGUGCUCGUUCUGCGAGAAAAUGUUUCACCGCAAAGAUCACCUGAAGAACCACCUGCAGACCCAUGACCCCAACAAAGAGGCCUUCAAGUGUGAGGAAUGUGGCAAGCACUACAACACCAAGCUGGGCUACAAGCGUCAUGUGGCCAUGCAUUCAGCCACUGCUGGGGACCUCACCUGUAAGGUGUGCCUGCAGAGCUACGAGAGUACCCCUGCCCUGAUGGAGCAUCUCAAGAGCCACUCGGGCAAGUCCUCCGGAGGUGCCAAGGAGAAGAAGCACCCGUGUGACCACUGUGACCGCCGCUUCUACACACGGAAGGACGUGCGUCGCCACAUGGUGGUCCACACCGGCAGAAAGGACUUCCUGUGUCAGUACUGCGCCCAGCGCUUCGGCAGGAAGGACCACCUGACACGGCAUGUGAAGAAGAGCCACUCUCAGGAGCUGCUGAAAAUAAAGACAGAGCCUCUGGACAUGCAAGGCAUGCUGGGCUCUGGCUCCUCCCCCUGCACUGUCAAAGAGGAGCUCAGCCCCAUGAUGUGCAGUAUGAGUUCCAACAAAGACCACAUGCUGGCCAAGACAUUCCCCAGCGGCACCCCCUUCCCCAUGGGCAUGUACAACCCCCACCACCUCCAGGCCAUGUCCAACCCUGAGGUGGGCCACCACCACUCUCUGAUGCCUGGCUCCCUGUCCGCUGCCAUGGGGAUGGGCUGCCACAUGGAGCCCCCCCUCCAUCCCCCGCACCACCACCACCACCACCACCACCAUCACCACCACAUCCAAAACUCCCCCCCACUGCCCCACCUGCAGCAGCCCCAACAGCACCAGCAGCAACAGCACGCCCAGCCGCCGCCCAAAUACCAGCUGGGAUCUACCUCAUACCUGCUGGACAAGCCCCUCAAAGUGGAGAUGGAGAGCUUUCUCAUGGAUCUGCAGAGUGGGCUGACGGGCCACCACUCAGGCGAUCAUCAUCAUGCUGCUGCCUCGCCCCCCAAGGAGGGACUAGAGCACCCCUCAGGCCUGACAGACGAGCUGUGUGGUGACCCCCUCCUGUCUAAGAGCCCUGCUGUCAUCGCUGAGUCUCUGUGCACUGCUAACAUGGACUUCUCUCACCUGCUGAGCUUCCUGCCCCUCAACCUGCCCCCCUACAACGCCCCCAUCAGCACAGCAGGACUAGUCAUGGGGUAUACCUCAUCUGCUGCCUCCUCCUCUUCCUCCUCUUCGUCAUCCUUGCGUGGCACUGAGCCGCACGCCGCUGCCACAGCCGCACCUCUUACCUCUUUGCAACCUCAACCUCAGGAGCAGCAUGGCUCCAGCAGGGGCCUGGGUCUAGGGCCCCUGCACCCUCUCCCGCCAGUGUUUAGCUCCAGCCUCAGCACGACCACCCUGCCUCGCUUUCACCAGGCCUUCCAAUGAGGGGCCCCCCAAGCCAUCAUCCUCAGCUGACUGCCUCACACCCAGGGGCCCAGGGGCCAAGGGUCCUCCUGGGCUGCAAGGGUGGACAUAAAAACACUUGAACACUUAGAAGCCUUAUUUGAAGUGCACAAAAGCUUUUGAUUGAGCUCCAGAGGAAACUAAACCCCCAUUGUUGAAACAAAAAGGAAAAUAAACGUUCAAACUAAGGAGCUUUUGUUUGGCCUUUCUUUAGCUGUGAUGAUUGAAUCCCUGUCUUUUGUUUGGCCUUUCUUUAGCUGUGAUGAUUGAAUCCCUGUCUUUUGUUUGGCCUUUCUUUAGCUGUGAUGAUUGAAUCCCUGUCUUUUGUUUGGCCUUUCUUUAGCUGUGAUGAUUGAAUCCCUGUCUUUUGUUUGGCCUUUCUUUAGCUGUGAUGAUUGAAUCCCUGUCUUUUGUUUGGCCUUUCUUUAGCUGUGAUGAUUGAAUCCCUCUGUCUUUUGUUUGGCCUUUCUUUAGCUGUGAUGAUUGAAUCUCUCUGUCUUUUGUUUGGCCUUUCUUUAGCUGUGAUGAUUGAAUCCCCCUGUCUUUUGUUUGGCCUUUCUUUAGCUGUGAUGAUUGAAUCCCCCUGUCUUUUGUUUGGCCUUUCUUUAGCUGUGAUGAUUGAAUCCCUCUGUCUUUGUUGUUGUUUGUUGAGUUGGAUCCCCAUUUAGCUUUUGUAGAAUCAGCAGCUACUCUUCCUGGGGUCCACAAAAAACCACGACAAGUAACAAAACACUGAUACACAAGGACAGUCACACAAAUUAAAAUACAGGGAUGUACAAACAAUACAUCUAAAAUAUGUGUGUGUGUGUUAAGAGUGUGUGUCUCUUAGUGCGUCUGUGUUAGUCUGUGUGCUAGUGUCUGUUAGUGUGUCUGUGUGCUAGUGUCUGUUAGUGUGUCUGUGUGCUAGUGUCUGUGUGCUAGUGUGUCUGUGCUAGUGUGUCUGUGUGUUAAGAGUGUGUGUCUCUUAGUGCGUCUGUGUUAGUCUGUGUGCUAGUGUCUCUUAGUGCGUCUGUGUGCUAGUGUCUGUGUGCUAGUGUGUCUGUGCUAGUGUGUCUGUGCUAGUGUGUCUGUGUUAGUGUGUCUGUGUUAGUGUGUCUGUGUUAGUGUGUCUGUGCUAGUGUGUCUGUGCUAGUGUGUCUGUGCUAGUGUGUCUGUGCUAGUGUGUCUGUGUUAGUGUGUCUGUGUUAGUGUGUCUGUGUUAGUGUGUCUGUGCUAGUGUGUCUGUGUUAGUGUGUCUGUGUUAGUGUGUCUGUGUUAGUGUGUCUGUGUUAGUGUGUCUGUGCUAGUGUGUCUGUGUGUUAGAGUGUGUGUCUCUUAGUGCGUCUGUGUUAGUCUGUGUGCUAGUGUCUGUGUGCUAGUGUGUCUGUGUUAGUGUGUCUGUGUGUUAGUGUUAAUGUGUGUGUGUGUGUGUGUGUCACCUCACAGUCCCCUCUGUUCCAUGAGAUGCUGUUUAAUCUGUUUCUUUUAAAGGUAAUUCUUCUGUUUGCUGAGUAACUGGACAUGGAAGGGAGUUCCAUGGGACCACGGCUCUGUAUAAUACUGUGAGUUGCCGUGAAUGAGUUCUUUAACCUCUACCACUAGCCUAUCCCCCCUCGUCACUUCCCUCCCUCUACUCUGUAGUCAGGAGGCAGCGUCUGCAGGCCUGAAGGCCUGGUACUUUACAAAGUCAGAAUAUUAAGAAAAAAAUAUUAAUUUUAGAGAAAAUUAUAAAAUAAAAAAAACAUAUAUAUAUUGUUACCCAGAAGCCUAGUGACCCAGAAGUAUAGUUUUGAAGUGGGUGAAAUAUAAUUUUCUAGCUUUUUUCAAAUGUGAAAAAAUCUCUCCCGUGAGUGUAAAAGUCUGAAGCACCUACCCAGAAACACCCUCGUCAUCGUCGGGGGGGGGGGGGGGGGGGGGGAUUAGUGAAGAACGAAAGUGAUAGUGCCCCACGGACAUUACCCUCCUCUAAUAUAGGCUACAACCACACAACAAAAUAUCUGUCUUGAAAAAGUGCUCUUAAAAAAAACUGGAAUAACUGAUUACUGUUCAGACUCAUCAGUUGUGCAGAAAGUCAAAUAAAAGUGAAAACAGAGAGUUGAUUUUAACGUUGAUAACCAAACACAGCGACCACUGGUGCCCACAUAUUAAUGAAAAGCAGAUGUGAAAAUAGCUGAGUCAGUAGAAAACAUGCCAAGUCAUGCAUGUUUUGUGUUGUUCCUCAAGAGCAGCACUUUUAUUUAGCAGAAGUGUCUUUACCUUUAGGAAUCUCUUUGGCUAACCACCGGGACCUGCUCAACCAGGGCCAGGCCAGUGAGGAUGACCCCAUGUGGAGGAUAUACCCCUCCUAUAAAAGCUGCUCUUGAAAACAGGUCAUUAUUUGACUCAUGAGGAUUUUUCAUUCCUUCAACUGUCAUUCUUCCAGCAUUGGUUUUUAACAAGUCAAUAUGUCACAUCCUUUGCCCACCUUUCAUAUAUUAAUGAUUUUUAUUUUGAUGAAAACAAAUAUAUAUCCAGUCUGUUAGAUACAUGGUAAUAAUAACCCUGACAUAUGUGAAUAGAGAACAAAAAUAACAACGACGACAGUUAAGGAAAACGUGUAAAAGAAUGUUAUUUGCAGUGUAUUAAAUAUCUCGUCAAAAAUGAACAUUAGAAUUGCUUUUAUGUCAGUAAGGUGUAUUUAGGCGUAUUAAAACAAAGUGUUUUUUUUUAUGUGGCAGGUUUACAUGUGUCUGUAUCUGGCAUUUUAUUGAUGAGAAAUGGGAUGUAUUUAGCUUUGCCCUUGGAGCUUUUCUCCUCUGGAUGUAUCGUUUAUCUGUUCAUGUACUACUAAAACAAAAACCUGGAUUGUUGACUUUGACAAAUGUGUAGUUAAUAGGCUGUUAGUGGCACAAUAAUCCAGUAGGAUUUUACAUAGACGUCUUUGAUCGUCUCGUACGACUUAAAAAAAAAAAAGAAUGACUGACGUCGAUAGUCUAUUUUCUCAGUUUGAAACACAACCUGAUUAAGAGGUCUGGUUUUAAGAUGCCUUUUUCAUAUACACUAGCCUGUUGAAAACUUGCGCCCAAAGUUGUAAAACUAUAAUAUGUGCUCUGUAUCACGUAAGUGAUAUUUGUAUGAUGGAGAAUAUGCAUAAUGUCCUGUCUUUGGUUUGGCCAACAAAUGAAUGAUAUGUUUCACUUUCCUACAGACGUCCUGAUUGAUAGAUCGAGAGAUAGGCUUUGGAACACCCAGCACGUGGGGUAUAUAAAGUCCAUUAGUCAAAAGAAAGUCAAAGUGCAUCUUGAGCGUACAAGGACUGAUAUAAACAGUAUUAAUAUAUUAUCCUCUUGGUUUGCAACUUUCUCAACUCUCUUGACUUUGUCUGUUUGAGUACUCAGCCCAGUCCAUAUGCAACUAUUAGUAAACAUGUAGUUUCAAGUAGACGCCAAGUAUAAAGAAAAGAAAAACUACAACUAUAUAACAUAAGGAAAACAAAACAAAUUGCUGCUUUUAGCUACAGUUGCUUGGAACAGAGAACAUUUCAACAUUGCAAGAUGUAAACAUGCACAGUGGUACAGAUUUGAACUGUUUCCUUUCCUGUCUGUACUCCUCACUCAGCUGCUUCCUGGUUUCAGGAGGAAAGGGUCUUAAAGAAAAACACAAUAUCCAGAACAAACACGUCACCAGCCUGCUCUUUGACAUUCAAAGGGACGACUGACUGGGAUAUUUCUUAGUCCUUUUUUUGUUGUUGUUAUAUGAUAUGUUAUUUUCUGUUUGUUAAAACAGGACCUUGAAACAACACAACACAUCACCUCAUUUUAUUUUAGAUUUUUUUUUCUUCCCAAAACCUGGGGAGAGGAAACAAAAUCUUGCACAAUUGCUCAUUAAAAUAAAUAUUUUAUUAUUUCAUUUUAAUAAUGGUAGAAUUGUUAUUCAAAUUGACAAACCGACCAGAGCCUACUAUUGCCUCUUCAGUCAGCUAAUUAGACUGACCUAUAAAAGUAGUUGACAAAAUAUGUGAAGAUAAAUCCAACGUAAAAGAAACUACCAACCAAUACUUGUGAAGUAAUACGUUCAGGUAUGAAUCCCCAAAGUUCAUGUUGACACUUCCAAUAGGCUGAGAAAUGAUCUAAAUGAGGAACAUUUAAUGAUUUGAUCGUGAAGAAAUGUGGUUCGCAUCUUUGAAAGAAUUUGCCUCUUUCUUAUAGUGGUAAUUGAAUAUGAAUAUCUAUAUAACUGUUUAAAAGCUAUGCUUAAAACAUAUAUAUUUUUUGUGUACAUCAAGUUUACAUUUUGAAAGACCAUGGCUAUAUCCAAUUCCAGACAAAAUUGUAGCACUCAAAUUUAGCAUUUAUCUUUUUAUUCAUUUAUUGAGCAUUUAUUGAUGAAAAAAGAAACGUCAAUUGGCAUUGAGUUUGUCCUCCCUGGGUUUCUGUGAGCUAAUCUGAAUUCUAGCACUUUCAAUCUUUAAAAAAAAAGAGGUUUUUUUUCUUUUAAAAUUUCAGCUUAUAUGUUCCUGUUUAUCAUUUUGUAUUUGAUCCUAUGUAUGUAUGUAUGUAUGUAUGUAUGUAUGUAUGUAUGUAUGUAUGUAUGUAUGUAUGUAUGUAUGUAUGUAUGUGCCAUUAGUUUGAUGUGUAGAUUUGAUCAAUAUUUGUCUAUUUUUUAAUAGACUUUUCACUAAUACCUUCUUUCAUGUGCUCCCCACCCACUCCCCUGGACUGUACUGCUGCCUAGUAGCUACAGAGUACAUGUUGUCUCUAGACAGGAAAAGGACUGUACUGUUGCCUAGUAACUACAGUGUACAUGUUGUCUCUAGACAGGAAAAGGUUGGUACUGCUGCAUAGUAGCUACAGAGUACCUGUUGUCUCUAGACAGGAAAAGGACUGUACUGCUGUACUGCUGCCUAGUAGUAGCUACAGAGUACAUGUUGUCUCUAGACAGGAAAAGGACUGUACUGUUGCCUAGUAACUACAGAGUACAUGUUGUCUCUAGACAGGAAAAGGACUGUACUGUUGCCUAGUAACUACAGUGUACAUGUUGUCUCUAGACAGGAAAAGGUUGGUACUGCUGCAUAGUAGCUACAGAGUACCUGUUGUCUCUAGACAGGAAAAGGACUGUACUGCUGUACUGCUGCCUAGUAGUAGCUACAGAGUACAUGUUGUCUCUAGACAGGAAAAGGACUGUACUGUUGCCUAGUAACUACAGAGUACAUGUUGUCUCUAGACAGGAAAGGACUGUACUGCUGCCUAGUAACUACAGAGUACAUUUUGUCUCUAGACAGGAAAAGGCUGGUACUGCUGCCUAGUAGCUACAGAGUACAUGGUGUCUCUAGACAGGACAAGGACUGUACUGCUGCCUAGUAGCUAGAGUACAUGUUGUCUCUAGACAGGAAAAGGACUGUACUGCUGCCUAGUAGCUACAGAGAACAUGUUGUCUCUAGACAGGAAAAGGACUGUACUGUUGCCUAGUAACUACAGAGUACAUGUUGUCUCUAGACAGGAAAGGACUGUACUGCUGCCUAGUAACUACAGAGUACAUGUUGUCUCUAGACAGGAAAAGGCUGGUACUGCUGCCUAGUAACUACAGAGUACAUGUUGUCUCUAGACAGGAAAAGGCUGGUACUGCUGCCUAGUAGCUACAGAAUACAUGUUGUCUCUAGACAGGAAAAGGACUGUACUGUUGCCUAGUAACUACAGAGUACAUGUUGUCUCUAGACAGGAAAAGGACUGUACUGUUGCCUAGUAACUACAGUGUACAUGUUGUCUCUAGACAGGAAAAGGUUGGUACUGCUGCAUAGUAGCUACAGAGUACCUGUUGUCUCUAGACAGGAAAAGGACUGUACUGCUGUACUGCUGCCUAGUAGUAGCUACAGAGUACAUGUUGUCUCUAGACAGGAAAAGGACUGUACUGUUGCCUAGUAACUACAGAGUACAUGUUGUCUCUAGACAGGAAAAGGACUGUACUGUUGCCUAGUAACUACAGUGUACAUGUUGUCUCUAGACAGGAAAAGGUUGGUACUGCUGCAUAGUAGCUACAGAGUACCUGUUGUCUCUAGACAGGAAAAGGACUGUACUGCUGUACUGCUGCCUAGUAGUAGCUACAGAGUACAUGUUGUCUCUAGACAGGAAAAGGACUGUACUGUUGCCUAGUAACUACAGAGUACAUGUUGUCUCUAGACAGGAAAGGACUGUACUGCUGCCUAGUAACUACAGAGUACAUUUUGUCUCUAGACAGGAAAAGGCUGGUACUGCUGCCUAGUAGCUACAGAGUACAUGGUGUCUCUAGACAGGACAAGGACUGUACUGCUGCCUAGUAGCUAGAGUACAUGUUGUCUCUAGACAGGAAAAGGACUGUACUGCUGCCUAGUAGCUACAGAGAACAUGUUGUCUCUAGACAGGAAAAGGACUGUACUGUUGCCUAGUAACUACAGAGUACAUGUUGUCUCUAGACAGGAAAGGACUGUACUGCUGCCUAGUAACUACAGAGUACAUGUUGUCUCUAGACAGGAAAAGGCUGGUACUGCUGCCUAGUAACUACAGAGUACAUGUUGUCUCUAGACAGGAAAAGGCUGGUACUGCUGCCUAGUAGCUACAGAAUACAUGUUGUCUCUAGACAGGAAAAGGACUGUACUGUUGCCUAGUAACUACAGAGUACAUGUUGUCUCUAGACAGGAAAAGGCUUGUACUGCUGCCUAGUAGCUACAGAGUACAUGUUGUCUCUAGACAGGAAAAGGACUGUACUGCUGUACUGCUGCCUAGUAGUAGCUACAGAGUACAUGUUGUCUCUAGACAGGAAAAGACUUGAACUGCUGCCUAGUAACUACAGAGUACAUGUUGUCUCUAGACAGGAAAAGGCUUGUACUGCUGCCUAGUAGCUACAGAGUACAUGUUGUCUCUAGACAGGAAAAGGACUGUACUGCUGUACUGCUGCCUAGUAGUAGCUACAGAGUACAUGUUGUCUCUAGACAGGAAAAGACUUGAACUGCUGCCUAGUAGCUACAGAGUACAUGUUGUCUCUAGACAGGAAAAGGACUGUACUGCUGCCUAGUAGCUAGAGAGAACAUGUUGUCUUUAGACAGGAAAAGGACUGUACUGCUGUACUGCUGCCUAGUAGUAACUACAGAGUACAUGUUGUCUCUAGACAGGAAAGGACUGUACUGCUGCCUAGUAACUACAGAGUACAUGUUGUCUCUAGACAGGAAAAGGCUUGAACUGCUGCCAGGCUGUGCCAAGACAGGGCUACAGAGAAGGCAGGUCUCCAUCUGUCCCAGUUUACAGUAGACCUCACCCCACACAUGAGUUUACAGUAGACCUCACCCCACACAUGACAGUUUACAGUAGACCUCACCCCACACAUGACAAUUUACAGUAGACCUCACCCCACACAUAACAGCAGAGAAGAUGGAUAGCUAAUAAUUCAUUCGCGGAAGAAAACUAAAACUAAAGUACUUGUUGGGAGGCAGCUGUAAAUGCUAGGUUUUGCACAGCUAGCCUUGGGAAGUGGCCUUUUCAGGAGUAUUUCAGCAGUUCUUCAGUCUCAUCGGGAUGACAUAAUCAUUUUAUCCAUCCCACCUGUUUUGGAGAGACAAACUCUGCUAAACGUCUGCUGAGAUACUCCUGAGAAGGACUACCUCUGACGGUGGUGUUACACCAUGAUUCAAACCAUCAAAUAGUUCAUUAUCAUCGUUAAUGGAAAGGUUGUGGAAGUAAUAUCUCACCUUAAACUUUGACUGAGUGCCGAGCGGAUGUUUUCGCUACAGCGCCUUGUUGUUGGUUCAUUACCUCGACUGCGCCUACUAGAGAUGCAUUUGUCUUCACCUUUCCUCUGCACUAGUAGGUGCAAAACACACAAUUUAAGGGAAUUCUUUAAUAAAAAAUAUAUAUAUGUUUCCAUUUUUAAGUCAGAACCUGUUUUUGGAUUUCAUUAAAUGCUUUCUUUUAUUGUUGUUGUUGUUGUUGUUGUUGUUGUUGUUGUAGUGAAACUGGGUACUGUCUGGUGAAGACAAGAUUCACAUGUAGUUUUACAUUUUGUUUUUAGCUUAAUGUAUGUCUUCCAAGCUCUUUGUGUAUGUCGUUUAGCGACAUCUACUUUAUGUUUAGUACUUUAUUACAGCCACCUCUGGGGGGGGGGAAAGGUCACCCUUACACUAUUUUAUAUAGCAUGGAGUUUAUCAACUACAGGGAGAAUUGUAUAAAACCAAUAUUCUUCAGAGGAAAAACAGCUUUUUUGUUUGUUUCAUAUCUCACAUGCAAUCAGUUGCUGCAAAGUGACAGAUUUUGUAUAUUGGUUGAUCCAAAGAGAUGACAUAACAACAAACCUAUUUACUGAUUGUACAGUACAUUGUAUCUUUGAACUGUCAUGUGUUAUGUUAUUAAAAUACAAACCCACCGUUUCAUACUUUGGUUUUAA